AUGCCACCCCGCAAUUCUACCCCUUCUAGUUUUGAGCCAAAUCCUGAAAACCCUGAGGGUGUUUUAAAUGCUAUUAGAAGUCUUGUUGUGGUGGUGGAAAAACAUGUUAGUACUAGUGGAACAGCUAAGCCCAAAGAUGCUGAGAAUGAAGGAUGUACCAUUGAGCAAUUCAGGAAAAUGAGUCCUCCUUCAUUUUUGGGAAACCUUGAUCCUACAGAAGCAGAGACUUGGAAAAUGCAAAUGGAGAAUUUUUUUGAUGUGAUUGGUUGUACUAAAGUGCAAAAAGUCUCUUUUGCUUCCUUUAUGCUGAAGGGGGAGGCAGAGCAUUGGUGGAGAUCCACCAAAAAGACUGUACCACUUAAGGAAGAUGAGAUAUUGACUUGGACUAUUUUCCUUGAUGCUUUUCAUGAGAAAUAUUUUCCAAAAAGUAUACGAGAUGAGAAAGAAGUGGAGUUUAUGGAGCUCAUUCAAGGGAAUAAAACGGUGUUACAAUAUGAGGCUAAAUUUACUGAGUUGUCUCGAUUUUCCCUUCAUAUUGUGGUUGAUGAUGUUAGAAAGGCUAAGAAAUUUCAAAUAGGACUACAACCAAGUAUCAGAACUAGGAUGGCAGCCUUACGAUUGAAGACUUAUUCUGAGGUAGUGGAGACUACAAAAGUUGUUGAGAAGGAAUGUGAAGACUAUCAGAGAAUUUGA